GAUGAAGCAAUUCGUAGUGUUCGCUAGUGUGUGCUGUGUUCUGCUGGCAGGACGUGUUGUGCUGUCCGCUCCUGCGCCACAGCAGGCUGGUGGUGCUGGUACAGCGGACCCGAAUGCGGUCCAAACUGUGCGAUAUUACAGCGAAAACAAUGGGCUCGAUGGUUACAAGUUCAAUUACGAGCUGAGCGAUGGACAGAUCCGAUCGGAGGUCGGUACCUACCGGGACGUGAAGGAUGCGGAAGGCAACGACGUGAAGGCACUGUUCGUCCAAGGCUCGUACUCGUUCGUUGGCCCCGAUGGUCAGACGUACUGGGUGAACUAUACCGCCGAUGAGAACGGUUACCAUCCGAAGGUUGGCACUGGCCCAACGGGAGGAAUUCAACCGGGACAGGAAGCGCCAGUAACGAGCGCUUAAAAAG